UGCGCAGGCGCGCGCUCGGAGCGCGGCUCGGCGGGCAAGGCGGUCCAGAGCGCGACUCCACGCGGGGCUCAGUGCGCAGGCGCGAGCCGCCCGCCUCGCACGGAGUCGGCUGGUGAAGUGCGCACGCGCGGGAGUUGCUAGCAGCAAGCAGGCGAACCUGGGCCGGCGCGGGGCCUUGUGGGAGGGCUUAAGGAAGUAAAAUGGCGGACCUGGCGAACGAAGAAAAACCUGCCAUUGCUCCACCCGUCUUUGUGUUUCAGAAGGAUAAAGGACAAAAGUCCUCUGCAGAGCAAAAAGACUUGUCGGAUUCGGGAGAGGAGCCUCGGGGGGAGGCUGAGGCCCCCCACCAUGGCACGGGUCACCCCGAGUCAGCUGGUGAGCAUGCCCUAGAACCUUCUGCCCCCGCUAGCGCCUCAGCCAGCACUCCUCCGCCUCCCGCUCCUGAAGCCCAGCUUCCUCCUUUUCCGCAAGAACUGGCAGGGAGGUCAGCUGGAGGCUCCAGUCCCGAAGGCGGUGAAGAUUCUGACCGAGAAGAUGGAAAUUACUGCCCUCCUGUGAAGCGAGAAAGAACGUCCUCUCUAACCCAGUUCCCACCCUCACAGUCAGUAUCAAAAAACAAUGUUUUUAUGCCAUCAACCUUCUGCGAGUCAUCUGCAGGCAAUUCUGACUCAGAACCAGAGGAAAGGAGCAGUGGGUUCCGGUUGAAGCCACCGACGCUGAUCCACGGCCAGGCACCCAGCGCAGGUCUGCCGAGCCAGAAGCCCAAGGAGCAGCAGCGGAGCGUGCUUCGCCCAGCAGUGUUACAAGCCCCGCAGCCAAAGGCCCUGGCCCAGACCGUCCCAAGCAGUGGCACCAAUGGGGUCAGCAUCCCAGCAGACUGCCCGGGGGCAGCGCCAGCAGCAUCGCCCGAGAACCCCGCAAGGAGAAGUCCUUCCGAAUCUGCUGACGACGUGCACACACUUGAGGAAAAAGAGCCCCAGAAAAAUGAGUCCAGCAAUACUUCUGAGGAGGAGAGCUGCGAGAAAAAGGAGCAGGCUGCCCAGCAGGCCUUCGUGUUCGGGCAGAACCUGAGGGACAGAGUUAAGCUAAUAAAUGAGAGCACUGAUGAGGCUGACAUGGAGAACACCGGGCACCCCAGCUCAGACACGCCAACCGCAACAAACUAUUUCCUUCAGUAUAUCAGCUCCAGUUUAGAGAACGCGACCAAUAGUACCGAUGCCUCCAGCAACAAGUUUGUGUUUGGCCAGAACAUGAGCGAGCGAGUUUUGAGCGCCCCCAAAUUAAACGAGGUCAGUCCAGAUGCCAACAGGGAAAACACAGCUGCCGAGUCUGGGUCUGAGUCCUCUUCCCAGGAGGCCACCCCUGAGAAAGAGUCCCUGGCCGAGUCGGCAGCUGCCUACACCAAGGCCACAGCACGGAAGUGUUUGUUGGAAAAGGUGGAAGUCAUCACUGGGGAGGAGGCGGAGAGCAACGUGCUGCAGAUGCAGUGUAAAUUGUUUGUCUUUGACAAGACCUCACAGUCGUGGGUGGAAAGGGGCCGGGGGCUGCUCAGACUCAACGACAUGGCGUCCACCGACGACGGCACCUUACAAUCCCGACUAGUGAUGCGGACCCAGGGGAGCCUGCGGCUGAUCCUCAACACCAAGCUCUGGGCCCAGAUGCAGAUCGACAAGGCCAGCGAGAAGAGCAUCCGCGUCACAGCCAUGGACACCGAGGACCAGGGCGUGAAGGUCUUCCUGAUCUCGGUGAGCCACCGCCUCCGAGCCCCGGGUGACCCCCGCAGGCCACACGGGACUCCGCAGCACCCUGGGCUGCCCGAGGGGUCUCCUGCAGUGUUGCCCAGUCCCUGCCCUGGGAGUGGAGAUGGAGCACGCAGAGGCCAGGUGCGGGAGCAGGGGACCCGGCCCCAGGUGGAGCGGGCUGGUUGGUGGAAGCCAGCGGCGGUGGCAUCCCCCCAGCAAGCCCCCCAGGACCAUGCAGCACGACCCAGGUGCAGACGCCGAGCCCCUGGGGGACGUUGGUGGGGGGGAGGAGGGAGGGGAGGCUUAGGGCCCAGACCCCAGGGUGAACCUUCGUGUUUCGGAAGCGUCGGGAUCACUGUCAGGGCGGGACAGUUGAGGGGAGAGGGGAACAGGCCUCGGUUGCUGUGCUGGGAACACAGAUGGGGUUGUCAUCUCCUCCACUCCGAGGAGCAGCUGGGGAUUGGCUUUGGGGCAGUGGGUGCAGUCACCUGUGUCCCGUGUGGUGGGGAGGUCACCGCCACAGCCAUUAACCCUGGCCACGUGGGGGGGUAG